UUCACUCAGAGAGAGAGAGAGAGGGAGAGUCUGCUGUGUGCCAUGAUUAGAAGGCUGACGACCAUGGGACAGCGGAGUGUUUAUGAGAGUCUGUAGGAGUCUAUUUGUGUUGGACUAAACUGUGAGCUUACUGCGCUGUCCCUGACACAGAGAUGGAGAGAGAGCAUUUUCUGUGUGCCGUGGCUGGCAAGCUGACGAUUGCGGGACAUCGGAGCAUUUAUACAAGGAGCCUGUCUGAGUGUGUCUGCACUGAACUGUGAUCUCUAGUCAUCACCAUGAAAGACCCGUGCCGCGUAUGCAGCGUGCGCCUCAUUGGCAGCCAGUGCCGCUGGAUCUUCAACCCGUCGGGGAAGCGGCAGCUCCAGGUCAUCCUGUCCCACGUGCUGGGGCACCAGGUCGACCGCGACCCUGACGGCCAGGCCUCAGAGUUCCUGUGCGGCAAGUGUGUGUUUACGCUGGAGCGGGUGGUGCAGUGCGAUGUGCAGAUAGGCAGGCUGCAGGAGGAGCACGCCACUCAGGUGCAGCAGCUGCAGCAGGAGAGGGAGCACCUGAAGGAGUGCGUGGCCCACGUCUACGGACGCCACAACCCCCCGCCUAAGAGGCCCGAUGUGGGGGAGGAGAACAAUGUUAAGGUCCCCCUCUGGAGGUCCGCUGAAGGUGGUGGAAGCGCAGAGGAUUACGGGGGAGGGCAGUGUACGUCAGAGGGGCAGACCAAGGAAGGUGCGGGGGAGGGGGAUGGUCGGGGGAGGCGCUCUGUGAGUAUGGACCUCCUGGGUGGACCGAGUGGUCGAAGGGGAGUCGCAGGUCGGUCAAGCUCAGCCCCCAGGAGGGUGCAGGCAGGGACAGAUCUCUGCCCGGUGAAGAACCCCUGGCUCCAGUCAGCGCGGCUCCGCUCCAGGAGCCUGAUGUACCUGGACCUGGUCUACCGCAAGGGUACUCUCUCCUCUCCCAGCUCCAGGCUUCGCUCAGCCUCGCUCCAGUCCCUCAAUCCUGACCACCCUCAACAGACAGAACCCCUGUGCCCCCUGCCACAGAGACAACGCAGAGAGUCGAAGAUACCAUUGAGGGAGCGUUCACCCUCAGUUGGCCCGGCUACCAGCACUACCACACCCCAGAGAGCCCAGCCUUCCAUCAUCUCUGACCUGCUGCAGCUGCUGCGCUCCAUCCCCAGACGACCGGUGCCAGCUGCCCCCAGAAGCCGCAUCCCCAUCCUGCGUAGGAGGCCCAGCGUCGGACAGCCGCUUCCCCCAGGACGCAGUCUCACCCCUGGGGCCUGGCACAGACUGAGGCAGGCAGAGUGGAGGUCCCUCCAGGACCUCACGGAGGAGUUUAAUGAUGAUUACAUGCCACUCAGAGCUGAGGGUUUCAAUGAGCAGCAGAGUGAGGUGAGCAGACUGGAGACAGCCCACAGGCAGUUGAGUGAGGAGAUGAACCAGUUCAGCGCAACCAACCAGAACCUCUCCAAGACCCUGGAGGACACCCAGAACAACAACAAGGCGCUGUCUGGUAAGCUGGAGGACACUGAGAACGAGCUCACCUCUGAGAAAAAGAACGCUCUGAAACAAGACAAAACCAUCCAGGGACUCACUCUGGUGCUCAAGGAAAAAGACAAAGAGAUUGAAGAGCUGUGCCAUGAGAUUGAGGACAGGAACGAGGCUUUAGCCAAAGCCAGGGAGAUGGUGCACAAAGACCAGCUCCAGAAAUACCAGGGUGCGGAGGAGCACCAGAGCCUUUUGAUGGAGAAGCAGGAGGAGCUGGCCCAGCUCCAAGGGGAGCACCAAACCAAGCUGCUGGAGGCCCAGAAGCUGCAGCGCUCCCUCUGGAGGCGGGAGCAGGAGCUGUCCGACCUGCAGCAGGCCAAGGAGCAGCUGGACCAGGAGCUGGAGGAGUUCCAGCAGCAGAAGAAGAAGGGGGACAAGGCCCUCAAUGAGGUGCAGAACCAGCUAAAGAAGCUGACUGGUGAGCUGGGCGAGAGGGAGAGCAGCCUGAAGCAGCAGUACCAGGAGCUGCUGGAGCAGACCAAGAGGAGGCUGCAGGGCCACGAGGUCACCAUCCAGCGCCUCACCACUUGCCUGACCGACAAGGAGCAGCAGCUGCAGGAGUACAUGAACAUGACGAGAGACAUGGAACAGAGCAGAAGUCCUGGGGGAAGCGACACCAUGCUGUCAAAGCUGCGAGAACAACUGAAACAGAAAGAGAAGGCUCUGGAGCAAGCGCUGGAUGAUAAGUUUGAGGCGCUAGAAGAGAAAGACAACGAGAUCCACCAGCUGCACCUGUCACUCAGGGAGAAGGCGAGGGACCUGGAGAGACUCAACAACCUGCUGUCUCACAAUGAGGACACCAUUAAUAGUUUUGACAUGUUGAUAAAGGAGAAGGAUGUGGAGCUGCAGCACCUGGCCAACAUGCUGAAGAACCUGCAGUGGGCCAAGCAGGACGUGGAGGACAACCUGAACCGGGCCUGCAGGGAGAAGGACGCCAUCAUUAGCCAGCUGCAGCUCUCCCUGGAGGGCAAGACCAAGGACAUGGAGGAGAUGGCGAGUGCCCUGCUGAGCCAAUCCCAGUCUCAGGCCCGUGACCUUGCGGAGCAGAUGGGUCAGAGGUUAAAGGUGACGGAGGCCAUGCUGGCAGAGGCGGUCAAGGCCCGGGUGAGGCUGGUUGCGGACAACGAGAGCACCGUGGAGGGCCUGCUUGCCACCAUCAGCAGCAAGGACCAGCUUCUCAGGGAGUCAGCGGAGCACUAUAACCGCACACUGUCUGAGCGCGCCCAGGAGAUCCAGGAGCUGAAGAGACAGCUGUUUGUCCGCCUGCAGCAGCUGGCCUCAGCAGAGAAACAUAGUUCCACGGCAACACAGGAGGGUUACCUGGAGAUUGCCGAGCUCAGGGCCCUGCUGACGGAGAAAGACUCCAUCAUCAACAAACUUCUGGAGCGUGGGCAGGAGAGAGACCAGUUCCUGGCUGAGUUAGGGCAGAAGGAGCCUGCACCGCCUCAGGUGUUGGAGCUCAGACAGACCAUCCAAGUGCUGCAGGAGAGGCUGGAGGAGAGGGAAGCGGAGCUCUCCAAGAAGAACAACAAUGAGGACAACAUGGAGAAGGUCCCUCUCACCAAGAAGACUCUGGUCAUCCUGAAGAAGGAGCUAGCUCAGAAGACUGAUGCUCUCAACAAGGCUCUGAAGAGGGAGAAUGAACUCAAGAUGUCCCUGGCUGAUCUCGAGUCAGUGUUGUCUGAGCUGGAGGGGCGUAUCGAGGUCCAGGCGGCCAGCAUAGACUCCCUCACCACCACUCUUGAGACCAAGGACGCGAUUAUAAAUGACCUCCACCAGCAUCUGGGCCAGACAGGGAACAACCAGACCCGUGAGACCCAGGAUCAGGCUGCCAGAGCCGGGGUCGAGCGCUCACUCCCUGACCUCCCUCAGACGGAGAGAACCAUCAUCGGUGGAGACAGCCAGCAAAAGGCCCUGCCGUCGUUGGCUGACCUGCAGAUGGAGCACCGCUGUCUGAACCAAGCCUUGAGGGCCGAGCAGCAGCUUUACUCCAGCCUGGUCCGCACCGUCAAGGAACAAGACGGUGCCCAGCCUCUCCACGCCCUCCAGAUGGAGCUGACGUCAGUGACGCUUCUCAGGCAGCAGCUGGAAGAGGGCAUCCGGAGCAACGAGGAGCUCAGAGAAGACCUGGACAGAGAGAUCGCCAGAGCCAAGCUCUCAAUAGAAGGUGCAGUAGUACACAAAGGAGAGGGGGAGGGGGAGACUAGAGAGAGGGGGGAAGAAUGA